GGGUUGUGGGCUCCAGUGCCAAAUAAAAACGAAACAUAAAGAAAAUAACAACAAAUCCAAGUGCAAAUGCGAAAAUGGUGCCAAGUAGGUUUUCGCAUCGGCGCGUUUCAAUUUGAUUUUCCGCUCAUUUUUGUAAACAUGAACUGCAGCCAUUUUCCGUCGCUUCACGGCAACUAGUAGUGUGCCAGAGCCCAAAUCAAAACAACCUGCAACGAGCUGCACGAAAAUAUACACAUCAUAUAAGUAUACCAACAUACAUACAUAUGUUAAUAGCAUCGCAAGAUGAAUGGAUGUGCUGCUGUGGUUAAGCCUUUUGUCGGCGUCUUAUGCAUCGAUCGAGCGAAGGAAAUGAGUCGCGGCAUAAGCAGUUACAUAGAUAACGAGUACGUUGAAUAUUUGGAAGCCGCUGGAGCUGAAGUUGUUCCUAUUUGGAUUGAUAAAAGCUUAGACUAUUACGAAGAUAUAUUGAGCAAAGUAAAUGGAGUUUUAUUGCCUGGAGGAGCUGUUUUUGUGAAUGAGAAUGAUCCAGCACGAUUAGAGUUGACAAAUCAUUGCGUUACCGCAGCCCGAAUAAUAAUAGAAAUUGCAAAGAAGAAACACAAUGAAGGCAUUCAUUUACCUGUUUGGGGAACAUGUCUUGGAUUUCAACUUUUAAUUAUGUAUACAACCGAUAUGGCGAAUACUGCUUAUGGUAGAGAUCCACGAGAAAAAUGCCAAUAUAUGAAUUGCUAUUUACCAGUGGAAUUUUUACCAGAUUUCCGUGAAUCGCGAUUAUUAGCAAAGUUAUCUGCUGAACUUCAGAGAAAAAUGAAAAUUGAACCCUUUGGUAAUCAUCGUCAUAUGUAUUGCGUAAGCAUUGAGUUUUGUAAAACAAUCAACGAUGAUUGGCAUGUAUUGGCGAAGAACAAAGACGGCCAUGGCUUGGAGUUUGCAUCAAUUAUGGAGCAUCGCAGGUAUUACUUUUUCGGCACACAAUUUCAUCCUGAAUCGCAUUGCUCGCCACAAUGUCAGCCAGUAAAAGAUUACUUAUCGAAUUUUUUUGUAAAUCAAUGUCGCCUCUGUAAAAAUCGCUUUGGCAAUAUUGACGAUGCUAAGCGACACUUGAUAAGGAAUUUUCCCAUUACCAGCGAAGGAAAACGCCAUGCACGUGUAUUUAGUGAGUUGACGGAUUAUCCUCCAGAGUAGAGCGGAAAAUGGCUGUCAAUGAAACCGACUGUAUUAAUUUAUGGCUGUUAAAUUAUUUAUGCAAAUGAUAUUUUUUAUGAUAUAUUUUUUUUUUUUAUGAUUGACAUUAAGCACUUAUGUGAUAUACUUUUGAUUGUUUUGCUGCUGAUAUCGCAGGAAUUAUGUAUACAAUAAU